UAAAAGGCGAUUAACAUUCUUUGAAAUGAAAUUUUAAAGUACGUUUAAACUGCGUAAUUUGUAUCGAAUGAUCCAAUUAAACUCUUGAUUUUAGUAAUUUUGAAAUAACACAAUGGAAAGAGAAGUUUUACUUCCUAUUUCGAGCUGUUGCAAUUUAGGCAUUCAAAACCGAAGAAGGGAUCGAGAAAAUGCAAUGGUAAACGGCGCGCACAAUAUUGUUCACGGAAUAACGAGCGGGGCCAGCCUCUCGAGGGAAGAGAGACGCCGACGGCGCAGAGCCACGCAGAAGUACAGAACGGCUCACGCCACGAGGGAAAGAGUUAGAGUCGAGGCGUUCAAUCUGGCCUUCGCGGAACUCCGCAAGCUCCUGCCGACUUUGCCGCCGGACAAAAAGCUCUCCAAGAUCGAAAUUCUUCGCCUGGCAAUCUGUUACAUCGCUUAUCUCAAUCACGUUCUGGAGGCGUGAUGAAAGAACAUUUUACGCGAUAAGGGAUGAAAGUGAAGUUGUCUCAAACAAUAACGUCUUGCGAAUUAGCCAUAUACAAAAAGUUAUAUCUUAUCGACCAAUCGAAAGUAUGUUACGAAUGUAAAAGUACAUGUUCAUGUUUUGCAACGCAUAUAACUGAGAGUAUCAUAAUAAAUAAUAAGAGUAUUCUUAAUCAAAAUUUUUUUUAUUAGUAGGACUUGCAAAUUAAGUUGAGUGUAUGAUUAUUGCAUGGAAACGCUUUUAUUAGACUGUAAACUUUAAGAUUACGGAGUAACGAUUAUGAGGU